AUGGCAGAAGUCGCCGACGUUAGUCAAAAGAAGCGCAAGCUGCAGGACGGCCCUGAGCUUGAGAUUGAUAUUUCCGCGCCGGAACCAGUCUCAAAAAAGGCUCUGCGAAAAGCAAAGAAGAGCAAGUCAAGUGACGCAGCCGAUGAUGAAAAGCCCAAGUCCAGCAAGUCGAGCAAAUCCGAAUCCAAUGAAGACAACACAGAGGGCAAGCGGUCUCAAUAUGGUAUCUGGAUUGGAAACCUUUCUUUCACUGUGACCAGGGAUGAGCUACGCAUGUUCUUUACGGCCAACUCGGAUAUUUCUGAGUCAUCUAUUACUCGAAUCCACCUGCCCAAGGGCCCCGAAAGAUACGGACGGGCGCAGAACAAAGGCUUUGCCUAUGUCGACUUCACCGACAAAAAGUCACUGCAAGAAGCAAUUGGUCUAAGCGAACAGCUCAUGACUGGCCGCCGUGUGCUUAUCAAGGAUGCAAACAGCUACGAAGGUCGUCCUGCGAAAUCCGAGGCCCAAGAGAAUGGUGCGGCUGCAGCCAAGUCCGGCCAUCCUCCAUCCAAGCGAAUCUUCGUCGGCAACCUCAGCUUCGACGUGACCAAGGAAAACCUCGAAGAAAACUUCAGCAAAUGCGGAACGCUCACCAACGUGCAUAUGGCUACCUUCCAGGACUCAGGCAAAUGCAAGGGAUAUGCUUGGGUUGAAUUUGAAGAACUCGCUGCCGCGGAAGCAGCGGUGAGAGGAUUUAUGCUGGUCAAGGAAGAUGAUGAGGAAGAGGAUUCCUCCGACAGUGACUCCGACUCGGCGUCCGAAAAGAAAAAGUCAAAGAAGCUAAAGCCUCGGAUGCAAAGGAUUUGGGUGAACCAGCUUAUGGGUCGUCGUAUGCGAAUGGAGUUUGCUGAGGAUGCAUCAACACGUUACAAGAAGCGCUUUGGCAAGGACGCUGAGAAGAAGGAUGAACCUGCUAUCACCGAAGUCGACGGCGAAUCCCGAGAACGACCUCGACACAAGAAGAGACGUGAUUCCAUCGAUGAGUCGCGUUACUCCAAGGAAACUGUGCAGAAGCUCAGUGGUGCCAUUGUUGAAGGCCAAGGUCAGAAGACUACCUUCGACUAA